AUGGAUCCCCUCCUGGAGCAGGUGGAGAAAGACCUGGGCAUCGCCCGCAGCCAGCUGCUGCUCAGGGCCUCCCACGUCGUGGCUCUCGUGCCCCUGAAAUGGCUGGCAAGCCUAAAGGAGGGGGGGGUGCUGCCCGCUCUGUGCCCGCAGCCGGAGGGCCUCAGCGAGAUGGAGGUCCACGCUUGUCUCCAGCACUCCGUUCAGAAGCUGCCCACGGGCUGGACUCGAGUGGAGAUCCACGGGCUGCAGAAACUUUGGCUGCGCUACCGGCUGACCACAAAUGCCAACGGGCAGAAAGAGCCCCCAGGGGCUCCAGAGACCCUUCACAAGUUCAUGCGCAGGGUGGCUUCCCAGAACUGUAGGAAUCUAUGGAAACAAGCCCAUCGCUUGUAUGUCCAGCGCUACUACCCAGCCCUGGCUCCGGCCUCCGUCCAGGCCCUGGAGGGGCUCCGGGCGGCCCUGCAAAAGCUGUACGGCUGCCCCCUUGUCCCCGUGGGGAGGACCCCCUCCGGCUCCUCUCCUGCCAAAGAGGAGGAGGUCCCUGGCCACGCCCCCCCAUGCUUCUCCAGCGUCCUGCAGGCAGACAUCCUGUUGGAGUCCCCGGAGAUGCUCUACCUGGUCUUCCCGUAUGUCUGGCACUCCCUGCAUGACCUCAUCACCUUCAGCCCCGCCAAGCUGAUGAACAGCCACGCCAAGCUGCUCUUUAUCCUCUUCCAGGUCUUGCUGGCCAUGCAGGCCUGCCACGAGGCGGGCCUGGCGUGUGGCAUCUUCUCGCUGGAGGACGUGUCCGUGGACGAGAAGCUGUGUGCCCGGCUCAGAGUCCCACUUCAAGGGUACGAACAGCCGGGCAGGGAGGAGGCUGGGCAGGGAGGAGGCGUGGCAGUGGCCUCAAGCAUUCCAGGCCAGGGGUCAGCAGAGGGUCAGGUGCCCAGAGGUCCCGCUGCUGCAGAAGGGGUGGAGGCCCUGCCAGACCUUGGGGAUCUGGUGCUGGACUGGGUGCACGGCCGCCUCAGCAACUUUGACUACCUCAUGCACCUGAACCAUUUGGCGGGGCGGCGCCCGAGGGACCCCAACUAUCACCCGGUGCUCCCUUGGGUGAUGGACUUCACCCCCCAAGGAGGCCAAUUCCGGGACCUGCGGAAGUCCAAGUUCCGCCUGAACAAGGGGGACAAGCAGCUGGACUUCACCUACGAGAUGACCAAGCAGGCCUUUGUGGUGGGGGGCAGUGGCCUGAGUGGGGAGCAGCCCCAUGUGCCUCAUCACAUCUCGGACGUCCUCUCCGAUAUCACCUAUUAUGUCUACACGGCCCGGCGGACGCCCAAGGCGGUGCUAUGCGCCCACGUCCGGUCCCAGUGGGAGCCCAACGAAUACCCCGCCAACCUCGAGCGCAUGCAGGCUUGGACCCCCGACGAGUGCAUCCCCGAGUUCUACUCGGACCCCACCAUCUUCAAGUCCAUCCACCCUGACAUGCCGGAUCUGGAGGUGCCGUCCUGGUACGGCUCCUGCGAAGAGUUCGUUGCCGCCCACCGGGCCCUGCUGGAGAGCCCGGAGGUCUCCCGGGACCUGCACCACUGGAUUGACCUCACCUUUGGCUACAAGCUGCUGGGUAAGGAGGCAGUGAAGGAGAAGAACGUCUGCCUGCACCUGGUGGACAACCACACCCACCUCACCAGCUACGGAGUCGUGCAGCUCUUCGACCAGCCCCACCCCAGGCGACUGGUGGGGGCCACCCUUCUGCCCGCAGAGGCCCCUCUCUCCACCCGGCCUCUCAUCCCCACAGUCCAAGAAACACGAGUGCUAGAGACCCCCAAGGGGAGCCAGGUGGCCGGUGGGCUGGUCAUCAGUGCAGCUACCUGCGAAAGCAGGAUUGGGCUGAGCAUGGAAGAGGAGGUGGAGCAGGGAGCAGAGGCCCUGGAGUCUGGCCCGGCACCUGGCAGAGGCUCGGAGCCACCUGGUCCUCCUGCCCAGGGUCCCAGCUUCCCUGUGGACAGCAGGCCACUUGGCUGGAGGACCAAGGCCCCCGCCCCCCUCUUCCAGGUGGAAGGGGCAGAGGAGAAGGUAGUCCUGCCGGAGGGUCACCAGCUGCUUCAGGCCUUGGAGGAACUGGAGAAGCUGGAUACUUUCCUGCUGAAGGCCGUGCACGGGGCGGUGGACCGGCUGGAGCAGCCCCCCUCACGGCUCCCGGUGGCUCUCUCGGACCUUUUCCAGAGGGACAUGCAAGUGCUGGGGGUGCUGGUGGGUGAGAUCCUCUUUGCCCCCAAGCUCCGCACCUCCCAGCCGACGGCCUCGCUGCGUGGGCGCUUCCAGGCCAUCCGGAGGCUCUGCCGGCUUCACCCCAAGGAGGUCCCCCCUCCACUCCAGCAUCUGCUGGAGGUGCUGCUGCAGCUGAAGGUUCCUGACCCCCAGCUUCUCAGAGAGGCGCAGAGCAGCAGGGCCCCCCAGCUGUUCACCUACGAGCCCGUCUGGCAAGGCCUGCCCCCACCGUGCCCGUCGCAGCUGCUGAGCCCCUACAGCGGGGUCCUGCCCUUCCCGGCAUACUUCCCUGCCCUGCACAGGUUCAUCCUGACCUAUCUCUCCCAGGAGGCCGGGGAUGAGGGGCAGGGCCGGGAGCUGGUCUUCCAGCUGUGGCAGCAGCUGGACGGGGUGCUGAGUGGCAUCACUCCCGAAGGCCUGGAGAUCCUGCUGCCCUUCAUCCUGGCCCUGCUGUCCGAGCAGAGGACAGCUGUCCAUGCCGCCUGGUACCUCUUUGAGCCCAUCGCCAGAGCCCUGGGCCCCAAGAACACCAACAAGUACCUGCUCAAGCUCCUCAUUGGGGCCUACGAGAGCCCCCGGGGCCUCCACGGCCGCUUCUACCUCUACACGGACUGCUUCGUGGCCCAGCUGAUGGCCCGGCUGGGGCUGCAGCCCUUCCUUGCCCACCUGCUGCCCCACAUCCUGCAGGUGCUGGGGGGUGCAGAGGGCUCCUUCCAGGAGGAGAACAAGGCCUUGCUGCUCAGCACGGCGGAGGAGGACAGUGAGGAGAGCGACAGGAGCAGCCCGGCCUCUCGGUCCUUUGGGGAGGAGGCCAAGGGGGACGCUGGCCUGGAGCUGGUCAACUACAUGUCCGGCAUCAGCCUGCACGACCAGGCCUACCCGCCAGAGAGCGAGGAGCUUCCAAAUGGCCUCUAUCUGGCCGAGACCCUGAGCCUGGGCCAGCUGAGCGAUAAGGGUGGUGCGGGCGAGGGGCUGAUGGGGGAGGAGCCGCAGGACAAAGCCGCCGGCCUCCAGGGCCUGGAUGGCAGCCAGGACCCGAAGCACAGCGAGGAGGAGGAGGAGGAGGAAGAGGAGGAGGAGGAAGAGGAGGAUGGGGAAGAAGGCCGCAAGGAGGCUGCUUUGGCCGCAGAAGAGCCGGUCUUCUCAGAGGCUGCUGGCCCCUCUGUGGAGCCCACUCUGACCGAGGAAGAGGCCGGGGAAAGCCGUCAGGAUCUGCUGGACCAGGAUGUGGACAAAGAGCAGAGCAUCCUGCUAGACACAGCCUGCAGGAUGGUGCGGUGGCUGUCGGCCAAGCUGGGCCCCACCACCGCCUGCCGGUACAUCGCCAGAAACCUCCUCCGGCUGCUGGCCUCCUGCUAUCUGGGUGCAAGCAGGCAGCAGUUCGUGGCUGGGGCCGAAGAAGGUGGCCCUCCGAGCACUGGAAACCUGGAGCAGAGGUGGCCCGUGGCAGGCGACGUGGUCUCCGAGCCGGUGCUCACCUGCCUCGUCCAUAUAGCACACCUCUACGGGGAGCCGGUCCUCACCUACCUCUACCUGCCCUACAUCAGUUACCUGGUGGCUCCUAGUGGAGGGGCGGCAGCCGGCCGGUUGAACAGCCGCAAGGAAGCUGGGCUGCUGGCAGCCGUGACGCUCGGACAGAAGAUCGUGGUCUACCUGUCGGACAGCACCCUGAUGGACAUCCUGCCCAGGAUCAGCCAGGAGGUCCUGCUUCCCCUUCUCGGCUUCCUCACCUCGCCCACCCUCAGUUUCCCCAGUGGGGUCCAGGGCCGGGUCGCCUUGUGUCUGAAAACCAUCCGCUUGAUGGUGCUGGUUUGUUUACGGAUCGGACCGGAGAUGGCUCAGCAGCACCUGCGCAACACACUCCGGGGCUUCUUCGAGAGCUUCUCCUCGCUGCCCUCGGAGUCCGUAAGUCUGUGGCCCCGGGGAGCAGGGGAUCUUCCCCGAGUCCCCUUUUUUCAGGGCCAGCCGCUGCCUGCGGACGCCUCUCCCCUCCUGGAACUCCAGAAAGUUUUCAGCCCAGAAAUGGCCUAUGCUGCCUUUGUGCCCUUCUCUUGCCUGCUGGGUGACGCCUUUCACACGAUUGUGCCGAACCACGCCUUGGUCAGGCAGUUGGCCAGCCUUCACCUGGAGCAAGCCAGUCCCUCGUCCGAAAGACAGGCAGCUGCUGGGCCGGGCCAGGACCCCUCGGAGCAGGAGGCACUGGGAGCCGAGCCCUCCUCCGGCCCUGCUGAGGACACGCGGUCGGGCACCUUUGGGAGUGUGCUGGUGGGCAACCGCAUCCAGGUCCCCUCCGAAGCCCAGCAGGAGCCCUUGAGCGGGGCCAGGGGCAGCCUCUGCCCCAAACUGGGGGGCCGGGAGGGGGAGACACUGAAGCAGGAGCUGCGGCGCAGCGCUCGCCUCCUCCUGGGCAACUGGCUGGCGUACUGGCAGUACGAGAUCGGGGUCAGCCAGCACGAUGCCCCCUUCCACUUCCACCAGAUCAAGCUGCAAAGCUUUGUGGGCCACGGGGGUGCGGUCAAGUGCAUGGCCGCUCUGAGUGGAGAGGACUUCUUCCUGAGCGGCAGCAAGGACAAGACCGUGCGCCUCUGGCCCCUCUACAACCGGGGGGACGGCAGCCACGAGACCGAGCCCCGGCUGACCUACGACCGGCACAAGAAGUCCGUCUUCUACGUCGGCCUGCUGGAGGCCCCGCAGCACGUGGUCAGCUGUGACGGCACCAUCCACAUCUGGGACGCCCCCACUGGCAAAGUGGUCCGUACCUUUGAAGCGCUGGACUCCAAGGCGCCCGUCACCGCGCUCUGCCCCAUGCCUCCCCCCCACGGCAGCAUCAGCAUCGCCAGCGCGGACUCGGUGCUUCGCUUCAUCGACCACCGGAAGCCAGGCUGGCAGCAGGAAUUCCGGCUGGCCAGCGGAGCCAGCGCCGGACUCAUCCGCUGCCUGGCUGUCAGUCCUAGCGGGCGCAGCGUGGCAGCCGGCUUCUCCUCUGGCUUCAUGGUCCUUCUGGACACCCGUACAGGCCUGAUCCAGAAGUCUUGGUCAGCCCACGAGGGAGACAUCCUGCAGGUCAAGGCCACCGAGGGCAACGUGCUGGUCAGCUCCUCCUCUGACCAUUCACUGACCAUCUGGAAAGACCUGGAGCCGAAGCCCCUGCAGAUGUACAAAUCGGCCUCGGAGCCCCUCCACACCUUUGACCUCUAUGGCAACGAGGUGGUGGCCGGCACAGUGGCCAACAAAAUCGGCGUCUACGCCUUCCAGGGGCCCUCGGCCUCCAGCACCACCAAGCUGAGCUCCGAGAACUUCCGAGGGACCCUCACCAGCUUGGCCGUCCUUCCCACCAAAUGCCACCUGCUGCUGGGCUCAGACAACGGCACCGUCCGGCUGCUGGCGUAGCCCCUGCUUCUGAAGCAGAGGGGGACAGUUGUGGCUGGCCAACAGCCCUGGGGGGGACCAGAAGGUUGGGGACGCCCCUUCCCCCCGUAGUCCCAGCCCAAGAAAAACCAAGACCC